AUGGGUGUUAUGCGAUUCCCAAGACCAACGGGCAUCUAUGUCCCCAGCUCGCCUACUCGUACGCUCACCAACGAUAUGAUCUCCCCUCCCCUCUCCCCAGACUUCAACUUUGACUCUGAAGUUGUCUUGCCAUCUAUUCUUCCUGCCCUCGAAUAUAUCUCCUCAAAGUUGCAACAAAAGACAAUGCAUGUCACACUCCUUGUCGGUCGCGGCAAGCCAUAUCCAACCGGCCAGGCCUCUGACCUGAUGGUCAUCCCUAUCACACCCCUCGACACCCCUUCACGACGUGUACUGGAGCGCGCAAUUGCAAAGGGUGCAAAGAAGUUCUCUCUUGGCCCAAGCUGGACUGAAGCACUCAGCCGGAGCCAGCAUGAGCGCCACGCGAACGAGUAUCUCGUCCAACAAUCAAUCCUUCAGAACGAAGUCAUCUUCAGCCAAGAAGGUCUGACUCUUCUGAACAUGGACCGAAUCUAUAUUUUCAAGCGCCGCAUGUGCAUUCUCUCAAGUCGGCCCUUCUCUCGGACGGACGAACAGUCCAUGACUUCCUGCGUGCAGCUACUACACCGCAUCAUCAAGGAUUUCCAGGGCCGCCCAUUCAGCAAGGCGUUUUUCCAUCGUGUCUAUGAGCAAUUAGACGUGAAGGAUGACUUCCUCGUCGCCGUUGCCACAGCCUAUCAGAACAAGUUCAACAAUGAGGCCAUUAUCCUACCAUCCAAGGCCAAGCUUGAGUCUUGUCGAAAGUCACCAGUUCACACUGCCCCGAUACGCACUGUUCGUGUUCGACGCCAACCAGUGGCAAAGCCCAAGUCAUCCAAAUCAGAUACCAACAAGGCGCUACCCGCAAAACCAACACCAGUGAAAGCAGUCACACCAAAGACGAAUCAAAGUCCCGCCAGAGCCAGUCCUCUUAAGUCAAGUACCAUGAAGCCACCUUCCGUCAGACGAGGACCUAAGACUCCUCUCUCGGCGUCGGAUGUUACCCCAAUCACACGAAAUGAGUGGAACAUCCUCGUUGGUCAGGAUAUUCGGCUGCAGCCAACGGUCACCAAGUGGACUCCAUCGCCCACUGUUUACGCUAUGGCUUGA